GUGGGUAUGGCGUCAUCCAGCUGGGGAGACGGCGAGUGGGACCCUGGUGACUGCGAGUGUGGGGGCCCGCCGCCCCCCGCCUUCAUGGUGCCGCCGCCCCCACGCCCCCCAGCGUUCCCUGGGGGCCCCUCACCGGAAGCCCUGCUGGGGUUUGGCGGGGGCGACGCGGCGGACGACUGCGAGGGCCCCUUCACCUGCCCGGCGCUGCUCGGCGCCCGCGAGGACCAUCGCUCGCCCACGCCCCGCGCGCCGCUCGCCGUCGUCAUCGUCUCGGCCGCCACGCUCGUCGUCCUGGUCAUCGUCGCCGCCGUCAUCGUGUGCAGGUUGCGCGGGCGCGGCCGCAGUCCCAAGGGCUGCACGGAGCUGAGCGGCGCCAUCAUCUACGACGACCUCCCCUCCGCCCCCUCCAUCGUGCCCGCCCGCACACGCCCGCGGUUCAAACCCGUGCCUCUCGACGGCGAGGAGGUAGUGGGGAUGACCAUGGGCGUGCACCUGUACACUCCCGAGCCCAGGAGCGCCGCGCCCUCCGAGCACCUGUAUCAGAGCAUCUCCUCAGGAAGCGAGACAUGCAGUUACAGCACCAGCGAGGCGGCGCCCCACGACGGGCGCUCCCUUCUGCGCCCUCCGCACCCUCGAGGAGGCCUGUGCCCCUCGCCCAUCCUCCCCGACACGGACAGCGAGGACGAGCCCUUGGGCCCUGGGGGCGUGGCUCCGCCCAGCGACAAUGACACGCCCAACACCUCUCCCAACCGCUCGCGCUACUACUGCCCGAGCGCGCCCCCGCACCGCUGCUCCCCCGCCGGCUCGGGCUCCGACUACGAGAGCGUGUACUACGUGGGCGGCAUCCGGCGGGAGCGGCCCCUGACGCCGCAGGAACGAGGCCUCCCGCCCCUGCCCUCGCGCACGGACCGCUUCCGCAUCUACUUCUCGGUGGAGCGCGGCCAGCGGCGCCCCCCGGGUCGCAGGGGCUCUUCGGGGCGGCGCCACAGCGGCCACCACCACCCGCUCCAUCCGCAGCAGCACCAUCCGCCCGAAGCCGAGCCGCUCUAUGAGAACCUGACGUAGGUCCCGCGGCGUGCGACGCCGGCGGACCGCUUUUCCCUCGACAGGACGCCGCCUGUGCUUCGUGGACGGGCCAUGGGGGCGGCGCGCAGUGCUGGAGAGAACCCGUUUGAGGCCUGUCCGGUGGCGCGGGCGGCUGCGUAUCUGUGAUGGCGUGGAUGGCAGACUGAUCUCAGGGUACAGAGUUGGAGAGCGACGGCGUUGGAGAGCGACAGCAUUGGAGAGCGACGGCGCUAGAGAACGCGGGGCGAUUGGCGACAAGGGAAGGGAAGCCUUUUCCUCUCCAGGUUAUUUUGUGUUAGCUGUGAGUGUGGCAAGUCCUUGAUAUUUCUUGAACCUUUAGUGAGAAAUGAAAAUAACUGAACUCCAUAUCAAUAACAAACUCUGUAUAGUGCAUUGGUACGCAGAUCAAAUCCAUAUGUGAAAGGAGCAUUUUGUAGACUGGUUUGGAUCAAAGUGCAGGAGCCGAUUAGUGUUACCGCGAGUAAUGUCCUGUUGAACCGACUGUGCGAGUGUUUACCCGAAUUUCCGCGGCGACCCGUUCAGACAGUUCGAACAAGCACGGACGCGAGUUCGGGUCGCUUGCCUAUAUAUGGCAGCUGGAAGGACGGUCAGCAAAGGAAUGGAAACUGUCUCAGGCUGCAGUGAAGUCCCAGUGAAUCCGAAAGAAAGGAAGUGUUGAGGAAAUCCGAACGUAAACUCGCCAGCCAUGAGUGCCAGAAAUCCAGUAACGAGAGCGGCUCCUUUUCAAGACGCCGUUGACUGCCCUGGCGAAGAAGGCGCAGGUGACGGCGGAGGCGAGGGAGGGAAAGCGUGUCUGUGCCGAAAGCGGACAAACACACACAAACACACACAAGUAGUUGGUGUUGUCUCAAGGUGCAAUCUAGUCCUCUCGUCCGAGCGCACGCACACACACGCAGCCUCUCACUGGCCGGUAGACUGACCCACCAGUAAAUUCACACAUAUUCCCAAGUGGUAGGCCUAGGUAAAUUCAACCUUAAAAUACAAAAGAUCUCCAUGUGUACAUUUGCAUU